AUGUAUUCCACUCUCGCCUUGGCCGCCCUGUUCGGCCAGACCUUGGCGUCGAACCUCACCGGCGCACCUGCCAACUCAUCGGUGCUGGAACGCCGCCACAUUGAGAUGGUCUAUCCGAACCAGAGGAAUUUUGACAACCAGGAAUGGGGACACUUCAACCCGCUGGCCCCCGACGGCUCCAACUACCCUUGCCGUCCGCGCAAAGGUCUAAAGCUCAAAGUAAAAGGCAGCCCCACUCACUUUACCGCCGGGGUCAAGUUCGAGGUUCGCUUUGCGGGCGAGGAGGGCAAAGGUGCCGUCCACGGCGGCGGCUCGUGCCAAUUCUCACUCUCCAAGGGCCACUCGCCAAACAGGGACACCAGGUUUUAUGUCAUCAAAUCCAUCGAGGGCGGCUGCCCCAAGAGAAACUCGGACGGCAACCUGAAGCCGGGCGAGGAGCCCGACAAGUACGAAGUCGAGAUUCCACCACAGUUCGAGCCAGGCGACUGGGUGUUCGCCUGGACUUGGAUCAAUCGCAUCGGCGGCGAGCCCGAGUACUACAUGAACUGCUCGCCCAUCAGGAUAGUGGCCGGGGCCGAAAAGUCCAGCUUGCAGCGUCGCAGGGAACAGGGCUCGCCCAAGGAAACAGAGGCUGCUGCUCCCGAGGCCAAGCAGCCCGGCACCGACGACAAAGAGCCGGGACCAAGCGGGAAAGGAAAGGACUCAAAGGAAAAGGACAAGGCGCCCAAGGAGACAAAGAAACCCAGUCCUAGCGGGAAAGAGCUUGGCGGCAUCGACCAAUACCCCGGCGUCUUCAUGGCCAACCUUGGCGAAGUGAGCGGAGGCUGCACCACCAGCGAGGCCUUGAGGGCACGCAAAGCCAUCCUGUAUCCUCACCCGGGCAAAAUUGUCGAGCGCGGCAACGGUGAUGCGGAUCCGAACCUGAUCACGCAGCCGUGCGAUGGCAAUCCGCACAACAAAAAUAGAUAUUACAACCUCGCAACCGAUUUUUACGAGUACGGAUGGUGCCAGUCCUUUCAUUUUUGCCGCUUUGCCCACGGCGAGAGCUUUGCCUCGGCCAUGGCACGACACGAGCACACGCUCGCGCACCGCAUCGGCAUCAAGAAGGACAUGAAGGUCUUGGACGUGGGAUGCGGCGUCGGCGGCCCCGCGCGGCAGAUGGCCAAGUUCACAGGCGCCAACAUCACGGGCAUCACGAUCAACGAGUACCAGGUCGAACGCGCCAGGCGCUAUGCCGAGCUCGAGGGGCUCAGCCGGCAGCUGCAGUUCGUGCAGGGAGACUUCAUGUCGCUGCCGUUCGAGGGGGAGACGUUCGACGCCGCGUACGCCAUCGAGGCGACCGUGCACGCGCCGGUGCUGGAGGACGUCUACAGGCAGGUCUACGACGUGCUGAAGCCCGGCGGCGUCUUUGGCUUGUACGAAUGGGUCAUGACGGACGCCUACGACGACGGCGACCUCCGGCACGGGGAGAUGCGCUUGGGCAUCGAGCAGGGCGACGGCGUCGCCAACAUGCAGACAGCCAGGACCGCCGUCGAGGCCAUCAAGGCGGCCGGGUUCGAGCUGCUCGAGGUCGAGGACUUGGCUCGAAGCACCGACGGUGGGAACUCUGCCCGCGCGCCCUGGUACUGGCCGCUCGAUGGGAGCAGCUGGCGAUGUGCCAACACGAUUGGAGAUGUGCUGGGGACGUUUCGAAUGACUCCUGCCGGACGCACGGUGGCGCACGCGCUGCUGACCAUUCUCGAGACGGUCGGGCUAGCACCUCCAGGGACGAAGAAGACUGCCGACAGUCUGGCGAGGGCGGCGGAUGCGCUGGUGGCUGCAGGAAAGGAGGGAUUGUUCACGCCCAUGUUCUUGAUGGUGGCAAGGAAGCCGUUUGCGGGGGAGCAGAAGCGCUAG